AUGACAACUUACGAUGAGGAGGAGGCCACCCCAUGGACCACAUUGGGUUUGGUCUUCACGAUCAUCAUCGCGUGCCUCGGGUACCGAUUUUUCGGACCUGACACGAUUCCAGAGCCAGUAAGAGUCCAAGAGACUCGGAAGGAAGAAAAUGUGGAAGAGAAGGAGAAAGACGAGGAGCCGAAAGAAACGCCUUCGCCCGUGAUUAUCCCAGAGCCAGCAUUCAAGCUCUCUGAGACAAUCAAUGAAGACAAGGAAGAGUCCAACUCGACCGGUUCUUCUGAGUUCGAGCGCAUCUCCAACUCUGAGGCCAACGACAUGCCGGCUGAAGAGGAGCAAGAGCGCGUUGUCGAAGAAGGCGAGGCAACGAUAAAUGAGGAGCCAAAAGCUGCCAUGGAAGAGACUCAAUUCAUGUCCUUCGUCGACACAACCCUCGAGAGCAAGCCUGAGCCAGAGAAAGAGACUGAGCCACAGUCUGAGGAAGAAGAGUGCGCUGUAGAGAGUCCAGAGAGCGAGGAUAGUAAAGUCUCAAUGCUCGUGAACUUCGACAGCAUCCACGACGCUGACGAAGACCUUGAAGCUCCAAAAGAAGAUAUCGUUGAAGCUGAGCCAGUGGCUGAGUCUGAGCCGGUCAUUCCUCAGGCAGUCGUUUCUGAAGCAACUGAACAGACUGAGGAGACGAAGAUCGAGGAGCGUUCUAACUCGCCAUCGAUUCGAACGGAGCCAUCAGACGACGAAGACCCUCUCGAGGAGGUCAAGUCGUCAUCUCCCAUCCUUGUGUCAGAUCAGGAUGUCGAGAUGUCGAAGCAAGUGGCCGAGUCCGUCCCACCAGUGAGCGUCCAACAAGAAGCAAUCGAUCGCGAAGAAGCUGAUGCUUCGAGCAAAAAGGCUGUGGAAGAACGCGUUUCUGGCGCAGAAGCAGUCGAUACGGAAGAAGACGUCGUCAAAGCGAUUGACAUCGCGAAGGUAGAUGCUGCCAUCGACGAGCUCAUGGGAGACAUGAAUAUUCUUCCUAAGGACGAAACCAAGCUCAGCCAGGCUGCGCCAGUUGAAGUCGACAUCGAAGAGAAGCCAAUUGUGCCAAUCGAUGUCAACGCAACUGAAAAAAAUGUGGCUGAUGAGUCGCAGGACGAAUUCUCUUUGACUGGUAUUCAAGAGAUAACAUCUAUCGCCGAUGAGUCGGCUAUCAACGACUCUGUCGCGAAAGAAGAUACGCUCGAACUGAUGGAAAAGACUCCAUCCGAACCAGCCGUGUCUUCAGCGAAAGAUGACACUCUUGAAUUGAUGAGUGAGCCUACCAAAGAUAAGGCUGACGAGUCUCUAUCCGGAAUCGAAGAGAUCGCUCUCCCAGACCUCGACUGUACUGAAACAACUGGCGAAGAGUUCCAGCAAGGAAAUCUCGCUGAUGACACAAUUCUUUCAAGCGCUGGAGAACACGCUCCGUUGGUCGACCUGUCGACUGCUGCUGAGGAAAAAGACUCCGAAAAAGAAAUCAAAAAGCAGCAACUCGAGGCGAUCAAUAAGAUGCUCGAGCAACACGGCAUGCUCGGCGAGGGCGACGUAAAGGUAGACGAGCAGGUCAAAAUGUACACUGGCUAA